AUGUUGGUUGGCCUAACACUUGCGGUAUUUUUUGCGCGUAUCUACGCGGAGGACUGCGAGGAAGGAUGGACGCCGUACAAAGUGAUGAACAGUUGCUAUAAGAUGAUAAACGGACAGGCGUUCUGGCAUGCCGAAGCGGAGUGCGCGGAGCAGGGAGCCCAUUUGACGUCGGUUUUGAAUGACGAGGAGAAUCAGUUCAUUGAAAAUAUGAUUUCGAAGAAGAUUCCCGGCAAUGAUGCCUGGGUUGGCGCCAUGGUGAUGACGCGCAACGUCACAGGACUCCAUUGGAUGGACGGCUCACCGGUCAACCAAAAAGUUGGUAACUGGACCGGAUCUCUCAGCCCACACAAGAACGACUUUUGCACCCUCAAAAACGGCAACGGCAAAUUCGAGCAGAAGACUUGCUUUGAAUUGAACAAAGGGAUCUGCAAGCGGCCGAUGGGUCAAGCUGCGGUGGCGCUUGAGAAGCCGCUUUGUGAUGAGGGGUGGACAGGGUCGAAGUGGACGGGCAGUUGCUAUAAGGUAACCCCAAAAUCAAAAAGUGGCGCCGGCCAAGAGACCUGCUUUGAAUGGGGAGCCAAGCCGGCUUCCGCUUUGACCUACCUUGAACAUGAAGAUAUUCUCGCAAUCGCCGCGGCAGCCGGUAGCAACCAUACUUUCCUUGGCGCCAAACGCGAAAGCGAUGGAAAUUACCAAUGGAUCGACGGCUCGAAAUGGGACUACGCCUUCUGGUCGCCGUAUGGACCAGGGACGACUAGGGACAGUCAAGGGACGACGCGAAAUUGUCUUGGGGCGUGGAAUUCGGUGAGUCCGUAUACGUCUGGCCCCCAUCGUUGGUAUCCCUUGUCAUGUGACGACGAGCUAAACACGAUGUGCAAAAAGCCCGGAAACAAGAAGCCGGCCGCU